AUUCAACGUAACCAUCGAUUGCUGCGCAGUUCUGGCGUCUAGAAAGCAUGGUCUGAAGUUUUUUGAUAACUUAUUGAAAAUUAUGUACGACACAGUUAAUGUGGUACCAACGUGCCCGUUAAAGGCACAUUUCAAUUAUACCAUCACGGAUUUUGAUGUCGAUGAAACAAUUCUGCCUGCUUAUAUGCCUAAAUCGAAUUUUCGCGCUGGCAUGUAUCUUCACACAAAGGGAUUUCAAAGCACUUCUGUUCUAGCGGAGGGAAGAAUUGUAAAAGCCAAUUGAUGCUGAAUAAACCGGCACUGUACCAAGGCGAAUCAAUACAAGGUGAUAGCAGUGGUACUACUAGCACCAGUGGUGGUUUGUACAU